CCGGUCACAGCUUUAGUGCGUAGUUUGAAUAUUGUUGUUUACUGAUUACAACAUCAAAGAUUGUAGGUUAUGGUUCUUUUCUCAUAGGUCUUCUUGACCUCUUUUCUUACAAGACUUAAAUAGAACGUACAGCAUGUUUGUCUAGGAAACAGACCACGUUAUGGCUCAUUGAAAUGCAGGAAGAUGUAGUUGUCGUUGUGGUGAGACAGCACUGCCCCAAAGAGUCAUAGUAAGGAGGGGCUUGAGUGGGAAAAAAGGCGCAGAGAAAGGCAGGGGUCCACACAUCUGAACAGACAGAAAUCUGGUGAACCUCAAAUCUCAAGAAGAUAUGUCGGCGUUUAGCUCUUCAACAUGAAAGCACCAGAAGGAAUAUCCAUGAGCUCCGAUUUUCCACACUACAGUUUCAGGAUGCCAAAUAUAGGGUUCCAAAACCUUCCCCUUAAUAUCUACAUCGUGGUGUUUGGGACAGCCAUCUUUGUCUUCAUCCUUAGCCUCCUCUUCUGCUGCUACCUAAUAAGGUUACGACACCAGGCGCACAAAGAACUAUAUGCAUACAAACAAGUCAUCCAGAAAGAAAAGGUGAAAGAGCUAAAUCUGCAUGAGAUAUGUGCUGUAUGCUUGGAGGAGUUCAAACAAAAAGAUGAGCUGGGGAUUUGCCCGUGCAAACAUGCCUUUCAUAGGAAGUGCCUCAUCAAGUGGCUGGAGGUUAGGAAAGUGUGCCCGCUGUGCAACAUGCCCGUCCUCCAACUGGCCCAGCAGGCCGGCAGCACAGAGCCCCCCGCUCCUGUUCCGCAGCCUUUGCCCGGAGUUGAGAACCUGGUGUAGCAGAACUGACACGGUACACAAAAGACCCGCCCAUAAACAUCCCUUCACUGGCACACCUGGACAGCUGGGUGUGAGAGCACGGACAGAAGAAAACAAAACAGUGCUUCUGCAGCCGUCAUUAUCAUCAUCAUUGUCAUCCUCACCUCCCGUCUUUGCAUUCAUUCACAAGAGGAUUUUCUUCACAUUAGCUCCAGCCGGUAAUGAACUGUUUCUCUCAACAUGGACGAUGAGGACAAAAGCCGACGCCGAGGAGCUUUCAUUUAUGUUCUUGUCACAACCAAAGCACUUUUCUGGGGACACCAGCGACAGGAGGAAAAAAAACACACAAGCCAAGAACUUUAAUACACUAAAGUCUAUAAUUUCUUCUUUUUUUUUUUUUUUUUAAACAAGCACUUUAUCAAACCGUAAUUGCUUGUGGAUCUUAGUCCCAAGGCAAUGUUAUAUAUUUUAUCCAAUGUUUUAGUGUAAAUAACAAAUCCUAGUGUUUCAGCUUGAGUUGAUGAACUUUGAUUUAAAAACUAACAUCUCAAAGGGACAGUAGGAACUCUGCUGGUGAAUAUCAGAGAACAUGGAGAAGGGUUUGCACACAAACAUGAAGUUACAGUCAAAACAACCAAUGAAUGUUUUGGCUGACUUGAAUGUGAAGAUCUGGACGGUAACACAGUGAUGCUCUGCCACUCCAGGAGUUCCUUAAGACUUUUGCUUCAACAGAAAAUCCAACAUUCAAAGUUACUGCUGCCAACAUUAAACUGGAAUUAGCGAGUGUAGCCAAAUGCUUGGCGUGUAUACGAAGCCUCCAGGUGAUGCACAUUUGCAGAUGAUGCGUUUAUGAGAGAAAGUACCUUCACAUAUCUCUCAGCAAAGCUGAACAAACUCCUCCUCUACGUCACAACUGCACACUUUUCUAAUUUAAUUUUAAUUAGUACUGUUGCAUCAGGAGAACAGGUUUACGGUUUGGCACCUGCACCACAACCACUGCCUUCAGCAGAGCCACCAGCCCAGCUUUUGGCUGUCAGCAACACUGCCAGAGUGGGGCGGUCAGCAGGUUGCAGUGGAACAGCAGUUUCAUUCAUGCAGGCUCACAUAUUGGACAGUUCAGCCUUUGGGCUGCAGCGUUCUGGUGCUUUCGUCUCUGCCUCUUUCUGUGCGGUACAGGGUGCUUUUGUUCUGGGCUACACUGACUCUGAGCUCUGCUUUUGUUUGGCCGCUUUAAGGAAAUUGGUGGUUUUGAGAAGUUUUUCUGCACAGACUCUUGAGUGACAUCGGAGGGGAAAAACAGUCAUCUGUAUCCGUAUGCUACCAAGAAGUGGCAAUGAAGGAUUUUUCUUUUUUCUUCUCAUGAGAAUGAAUGUUUGGUGAGAAUUAGAUCAUGUGGCGACGGCUCAAUUCACAACUGACCCAAAAAUGAAAAUAGAUUAAAUUAUUCUGAUUGCUCUUUCCUGUUGUUGGAAUAACAACCAACCAAGUAUUAUUAGGUCAUAGUAACAGACAUUGUUUAGUUCUGAAUGUAAAAGGCCAAACGAUGUCAUCCUCUAGCUAGAAGAAGUUGAUUCUCUUCACACAGUAGCUCGUUUAAAUGGAGCUUUUCUCAAACUGUCAUUUAGGAAAGAGCUUACAACGUUAUCAAGGUUUGUCUGUGCUUUAAACGCUUUGUAAUGAAAUAAAAUAGAGAAUAAUUGAGAAUUAACAAAAAGUGUUGAAUUUUAAUGAUUUGAACUAAACUAUCAAUGCAGUAAUACAUGUUCUUAGUAUACCUCUUCAACAAAUCUGAUUGUAGCUUUACCUGCACUCAGUUGGAUGGUUUUAUUUUUAGCACUGUUACAAAGAGAGCAAUGUUUAAAAAAAAAAAAAGUUACGCUGCAUUUUGCUCAAGCAAAGUGUUGUCUCCUAACUCAAAUUUUUCGUUUCGGUUAAAUCGCUCCUCAAACAGUGGAGAGGAUGGUUUCUGGGAAUUCUCUGGGGAGUUUUCUGGGAAAAUGCUGUAAAAACACAAAGAGGUUUUAUGACUUUACACAGAGUACGGCCUCAGAUGUAAAUUUAAAAAAAAUAAGACUUUAGAUUUGGAGAGCUUUAAACAUUUGAUUUGUUAUAACUGAAGCUCUUCUCUCAACUAAUUGGAACAAAAAAGAAGUUCCCGUAGACGUUGGCAUCUUUACUGUCUUUGUUUUUUUAAAUAAUUUUUACUGCUUAAAGUACGAUUUCAUAAUCCCAGAAAUAUUUGUCUAAACAAAGAUUUGUUAGCAUUAGAUUUGUCACUGAAUGUAUGUUCUGUGUGAGAAAGAAGCAGAGAUUUAAUGUGAAAGCAUGUUACUUAACGAUGGUUACUUUGCCACUUACAUUGUUAAAUGUCGUCCAGAAAAGAAAGUUCUUUGUAAUGUAGUCAGCAGCUGACACCUUCCUGCCAUUUCUGCCUUUUUGUUUUUUCAUUCUGAUGAUCUUUUUUCUUCACCUGAGCUUCCUGACUUGCCUCCUCUGUAAUGCACCGAGCCCUUUUGAAGUGCCAACUAAAAAAAAAAACGUUAAA